UAAAGUUUCUCUGGUACCUUCAUUCACCGUCGGCCGGUUGCCGGGGAGUGUGCUGUAUUCUUCUCUGAUUACAUCCAAAUGAAAUUAAGUAAAAUACAAUGAAACAAACGACGAUCGCUGGUACGAUGCUUGAAUAACUGAUUUGCAUAACCAUAUUGCUUGACACUCUUUACACUUAAGGGAGUUUAAACAGCAAGAACAGAACGCAGGCUUUGCAUCAGUUUUCAAAUGGAGUGAUGGAGAGCUGACAGCUUUGUAAAGUUUGGGCAAUUGUGCAGUUCUGCUUACAGUGUCUAACAGAACCCUGGACUGACUCGACCAUCUCUGUUUAUCAAAGCCAUGCACCUGGAAGUAAAGGUGGCCCUGAACUUUAUUGUGUCCUACUUGUACAACAAACUGCCCCGUCGCCGGGCUGACCUGUUCGGGGAAGAGCUGGAGCGUCUUUUGAUGUCACGGUUUGAGGGUCACUGGUAUCCCGACGCACCGCUGCGGGGCUCGGCAUUUCGCUGCCUGCAUUUGGGAGUGCCGUGCGACCCUGUGGUGGAACUUGCCGCCAAAAGGAGCGGCCUAGACACAGAGGAGGUGCGAGCCAACGUUCCCGCCGAGCUGAGCGUGUGGAUCGACCCGUACGAGGUGUCCUAUCAAAUCGGCGAGAAGGGAGCAGUGAAAGUGCUGUACCUGGAAGACCAGCCUGGUCUGGCUGGAGAAGCCGAGCGGGCUGACGGCAUCCAUCCCGGAAGUAAAGGGGAGAUGGAAGUGGACGAGGCCAAGAGUUUGGGGUUUAACCCUGAAGCGCAGGUAUUUGUGCCUAUCGGGGGUCAGGUUUCCCCAGUGCUUCUGCCGUCCCUCUCCAGUUCGCCCCCCCCACUUCCUGCAACAUCCUGCUCCAGCCUGUUUGGGUACCCAACUGCCAGCAGCACUGGUAACUCGGCGGGCCACUCCACAAAUACCUCGUCUCCGCCGCCUCCCCAAGGCUCGGGAAUCACCUUCUUGCCCUCUCAGCAGCAGCCCCUGGCCCCCCCGAACCCACGCCCACCCCCGCAGCCCAUCACCUUCACCACCGCUAGUUUCGCUGCCACCAAAUUUGGCUCCACCAAGAUGAAGAAGUGCAGCGGCUCGGGGCCGGCGUCCGGCUCGGCGGUCGGCAUCCCACCUCAGCCGCGGAUGCUCUCCCGCUCCCCCACCACCGUCUCCUCCCCAGGGCUGCUGAAGCACAAGCCCCUCUCCCUCUCCCUGCACUCCUUGGGGGGUCAGAUCUCCAGCCAGCUCUCUCCUAAUGCCAAAGAGUUUGUUUACCCAGCAUCCCCUGGGGCCGUCUACUUCGACACUGAUGCGCAGCCGCUGCCCCCCCAGGCCGGGCCCUUCCAGUCCCCUCACUCCCACCCCGCCCACCCCCACUCCCAAUCAUCCUUCGACCCCUUUUCGAGCACGGCUCCCGGAAUAAUCAGAGGCAACGGUGGGAUUUCCUAUGUGGAGAAGACUCCGUUUGCAGAAGGUCUGGGUGGAUAUAACCUGCAGUAUCCCAGCCAAGCCUUCCAGCCUGUGGUCCUCGCCAACUAACCUUGCCGUAAUUCUUAAACUGAUAGUAAUCCUAAAACAUGCGUUCACAAGAGGACUUAUUUGCUAACACACUUCUUACUAAUAUUACAGUAUUACUACCAUUGGCAUAUGUUGUGGUAAUUAUGAUUUUUGUUAAGGAUGUCAUUUUUAUUUCAGCAUGGGGAGUGAUCAGCCUCCUGUUGCACAGUACCUUUAUUUUUUUGCAUUGAAUGUUAAACUGAUUUUAAUGUUAAACUUUUCUGGUUCUGCACAUACUUUCCAGUAAAGCAAGUCUAAUUGA